GAACAAGUCCUUUCUUUUGCUCCUCCUGCUUACUUUCUUUGGUUUCCUCUCUCUCUCUCUCUCUCUCUUUCUCUCUCUCUGUGACUAGUUUGUUUGUGUGGGUUGGGGAGGGAUUUUCUGGGAAAAUCGGUGGGUAGAAUCUUCUGCGCCGCCAAACACUCCCUUCCCUCCCCCUCAACGCUUCAACUAAACUCAACUCAAAUGUCAUGGGAAGAACCUCCUCACUCUGCAACCUCUUCUCUUGCUUCGCACCACCCACCACCAACGACCACCACCAACAACCACCCGAGCUCGCAUUCCAAGAAACCGAACCACUAGACGAAACCCUAGGUCACUCAUUCUGCUACGUCAGAUCCUCAAAUCGCUUCGUCUCUUCUCCCACUCACUCACCCUCUCAUUCCGAUCGCUUCCUCUCUUCCCCUUCCGCCUCCCUCCGCUUCUCCCCAACCCACACCGAAUCCAUUUUCAAGUCGAUUUUCGGUGCUGGUGUUUCUUUUUUGGCGCCGCUGAGCGGGUUGCACGUGAGCACCCUUAAGUGAGGAAAGUAGAAGGGGACCGAGUGAGUUUCGGAAAAAAAAAAAGGGUUUACAGAAGAUUAGAGAGGGAAGAAGGUUGAUUGGUCGAUGGAGGUGGAGCAAGCUAAGCCAAAGCCAACGCCGAAGCGGUUUGUGAAGAACCAAAUCCCCGAUUCCAUCCUCAACGACGCCGCCCUCAACGCCGCCAUCUCCAUUCUCCCUCACAACUACAACUUCGAGGUCCACAAAUGCGUUUGGCGCGUUCUUUCCACCGGCGCCAAGCGCGUUGCCCUUCAGUUCCCCGAGGGCCUCCUCAUGUACUCCCUCCCUCUCUCCGACAUCUUCACUACCUUCGCCGCCGUCGACCGCUGCUACGUCCUCGGUGACGUCACCUACGGCGCUUGUUGUGUCGACGACUUCUCCGCCGCUGCGCUCUCCGCCGACCUCCUCAUCCACUACGGUCACAGCUGCCUUGUCCCCAUCGAUUCCACCACCAUCCCCUGUCUCUACGUCUUCGUCGACAUCAAAAUCGACGUUUCCCAUUUGGUUGAUACCGUUAAAUUGAACCUCGAAUCUCGCGCCCAGAACCUCGUAUUAGCUGGUACUAUUCAGUUCGCAUCUGCAAUUAGGGCUGCGAAGCCGGAAUUGGAGAAAUCAGGGUUUAGGGUUUUGGUACCGCAGUCCAAGCCUCUUUCGGCCGGUGAGGUUCUUGGCUGCACUGCUCCCAAGGUUUCAUUAAUGAAUGCGUUUAGUGAGAAUCCUGAGAACAGCGUUUUGGUGUUUGUAGCUGAUGGAAGGUUUCAUCUUGAGGCGAUCAUGAUAGCUAAUCCUGGGAUUAAGGCUUUUAGGUAUGAUCCUUACAUUGGGAAGUUGUUUCUGGAAGAGUAUGAUCACGUGGGAAUGAAGGAAUCUAGGAAAGGUGCGAUUUUGAGAGCGAGGGAGGAAGCUCGGAAUUGGGGUGUUGUUUUGGGGACUCUGGGUAGGCAAGGGAACCCUAAGAUUCUGGAGAGAUUGGAGAAGAAUAUGAAAGAAAAAGGGUUCCUCUACACUGUUUUCUUGAUGUCUGAGAUUAGCCCUGCAAGGAUUGCAUUGUUUGAGGACUCCGUGGAUGCUUGGAUUCAGAUUGCUUGUCCUCGGUUAUCAAUUGAUUGGGGUGAUGCUUUUGGGAAACCAGUGCUCAACCCCUUCGAGGCAGAGAUCGCGUUGGGAGUGAUACCUUGCUGGUGGGAGAAGAAGAAAAAUGUGUUGGUGUCAAAGGUGCAGGAAGGUUGUGAAGAUGGUGGUGUAAGUUGCCAGAAGAGUGGUGAUUCUUCCUGUGAGUGUAGCUGUGGAGAAGAUGAAAAUGGAAAUGGAAAGAGCGAUUUUGGUGGUGAAUAUCCAAUGGACUAUUAUUCUCAAGAUGGUGGGGAGUGGAAUUCCUCUUAUGUGAAGAAGUCCUCUCGUCCUGUAAGGAGAAUUUCUGUAUCUUCGAUUGCUACUAGUGCCAUUUCUCAGUAGUCUUAAACUUUCUAUAUACUUUGUUAGUUGCUGGAUAUUGGCUUUUGCCCUAAAUAACAUUGGAUGUUUAGGGAGAAAACAUAGUAUGAUGUGAUACAAUACAAUACAUCAUCUCAUGAUAUGCGAUUUGUUGUUUUAUUAGUUUAUGACUUCUUGUCUUAUUUGUUGUAUAUUUUUUCUUUCUAUCUGAUUUUACUUUCCUUCUUUCAAUUUAUACGUGAACCACUGAACCUCCCUUUGUG